AUGGCCAAGAGUUUGCGCUCCAAGAUUAAGAGAAAGUUUCGCACGGAGCUGCGUAAGCGUGUCGGCGUGCCACAUCAAGUUGCUCAGGAGGCAAAAAUCCAAGAGAGUCUUAAGAAGGCGAUCGCUGCCCAAGGCACAGGACGAUCAGUCGCAAGUCUCAAGAAGUUAUUGGGCGCAUCGGUGCCGGUACCAAGUAGUGAAAUUACUGGUGUUGUCUCGGAUCAGAUGCCAGUGGAUGCUAAGGAAACCGACGUCUCCAUGGAGGACGUUAAAAAGUCCAAGAAGGGCAAGAAAUCCAACAAGAAGCGGAAAUCUAAAUUUGUGCACUUUCACCAAUUACGCAAGAAGGGUGUUUAA